AUGACGGAACUCGCCAAACCAUUCAUACUGAUAUGUGCCCUUGGCGCAGCCGGGCAUAUGGCCCCGUGCAAAUUCUUAACCAAAUCUCUCAAGAAACGCGGUUAUGAAGUAACAUUUCUAGCCGCGUCAGCAUACGCACCCAUGGUCGAGGAAAUGGGCGUCACAUUUGUUCCUCUGCAAGGCUAUUCAAAUUUCAUCUUUGAUCCCGAAGAAUGGGAAGCGAGAUGGCCUGAGCGAAAACAGCUUAAUGGCAUUGCAGAAUUGGCUUUCGACAUGGAUCAUCUUUUUAUUAAACCCAUCCCCUCACAAUUCGAAACUAUCCAACGCGCUUUAAAAAUGAUGAAGGAGAAAGAUCCAGGAAGACCGAUUAUUAUUCUUCAAGAUCUUACUUUCUGUGGUGCUCUGCCGCUUUUAUUGGGUGCCGAAGGUAUCAAACCGACUGGUGUUAUCGGUAUUGGACAUACAGCUGUGAUGCUUUCAAGUCAGGAUAUUCCUCCCAUGGGAAAUGGAGGACUUCCAGAUAUGACACCCGAAGGUCGCAAACGCAAUAUCGCUUUGUAUGAAGAGGCACGAAACGGAAUAUUCCGAAGCGCCACUGAACGAUUUUACGAAGAAUUCGACAACUUGGGCGCCCGACGCCCGGAUACCGAUACGAUUGAUUCCAUGUAUGUCAUUCCAGACAGGUUUCUCCAACUCUGUACUCAGAGUGCCGAGUUUCCUCGAAGUGACUUGCCCAAGAAUAUAGUUUUCGCGGGCAAUUUCCCAAGAAAUCCUACAGAGGGAGUGGUUGCACGUCCUAGCUGGUGGGAAGAAGUCACUACAAAUCCAUCCAAAAAGCGCAUUAUAUUCGUGAGCCAAGGAACCGUGGCGGUAAAGUAUGAGGAAUUAAUCAUUCCAACCAUCCAAGCAUUUGCCGACCGAGAAGACACCCUCGUUAUCGUCGCGCUCGGUAUCAAAAAUGCAUCAUUACCUGCUUCGGUAAAAAUCCCAAGCAACGUGCAUGUGGAAGAUUUCAUCCCCUACGACGAUAUCCUUCCCUACUGCGACGUGCUGGUGACAAAUGGAGGAUAUGGAUCCUUCCGUCACGGAUUGAUCAACGGGGUUCCAAUGGUCAUUGGAGGUGAUACGCAGGAGAAACCGGAAACGGCCGCAAGAUGCGAGUGGGCGGGCGCAGGUGUUAAUAUGCGCACGGGCAAACCCAGCGUGCAGCUUUUGAGAGACUCGGUCGAGAAGGUGCUAGCAGAUCAGAAGUAUAAGAAUAAGGUUAUGGAGAUUAAGGCUGAGAUGGAUAGUUUGGAUCCGAUGGAUAUUUUUGAGAAACAUAUUCUUGAGUUGGUUCAGGAGAAGACGGCCUUGGCGAAUGGUAAUUGA